AUGCACUUUUCUACAGCUGUCAUUGCCUCGGUUGCGGCUCUGGCUCCUCUCGCCAGCGCCGUCGGCAACGCCAUCGUCACCAACAACUGCAACUUCCCCGUUUAUGUCUGGUCGGUUGGUGGAAGCGUUGGACCAAAGCAAACCCUCCAACAAGGUCAGACCUAUACCGAGGCACUGCACCAUGACGCUGCCUCUGGCGGUAUCUCGCUCAAAAUCACAACUGUCGACAACGGCUUGUACAACGGCAGUCCUCAGACCAACUUCGCCUACACCUUGGAUCCCGGUACUGUCUGGUAUGAUCUUUCGGAUGUCUUUGGCGACCCAUUCUCUGGCAAGCCGAUUGUCGUGCGGCCUACCGUUUCUUCUUGCCCUAACCUCUGUUGGGCGCAGGGCGUCAACCCCGGAGGUAGCCAGGUCAAGAGCUGCACGUCAGAUGCAAGUGUCAAUUUGAAUCUCUGCGCAGCAAAAUGCUAA